CCUUCCUCUGGUCAGGUCACUGUUUUUCUUCCUCACUUGGAAGAAUUUUCAAACCCUCAACAUGUCACCUAAAUCCAAGCCAAGAACUUUCACAAUUUAAGCUGAUUGACCGUUGAUGAUUCUUCUGCAGCCCUCCAAGUCUCUCUCUCUCUCUCUCUGCGAUCCAUCUCUCUUCUCGAACUUCCAGAGAUGAUCAUCAGCUCCCGGCCAUUGAAGGACUUUUUGGUGAUGGGGGAGAGAUAGUGAAAUGUCAUGAAGAUCAGAUGAGGAAGCUGUAAGAGCAGUCUAGCAGGAUUAAAUCGAUGGACACAGUGUUCCAACGUGACGCAGAUGAUCGGGCCAACUUCCUCCAUAACCUCGCGCAGACGACCGGCUGCUCUUACGUAUGCCUCUGGUCUUAUGUACCUCUCUCCAGUUAUCUGUGCUCUCUUGAUGGGCUCUAUCAAGAAACUGGAAGCAGCGUGCAGCCUAGCUCUUCAUCGGAAAGCCUGGCUCGGAGACUCUUCAACGAUUAUAGAGCUUGCUUAUUCAUCAUUGACGACAACCACAGAACUGUCCCGGGAACCGCUUUCAGGAACAAUCUUUGCUUCUUCGAAGUAAGGGAAGAGGAUUUUCCAAGAAUGGCAACAAAUCGUGCUCAGCAGGAGUUCUAUCGAGAAGCGUGGAUCAAGAAGGCUGUAUUCAUGGGCUGCCGGACAGGUGAAAUCGAGCUUGGCUUCUCCGACAUGUCUCCUGUUGAUGCUGAGACAUUGUUAAGGAACAUUUUCCCGGAAGAUUUCUCUAGACAAGUGGCAGUGCAAGAAUUGCCCCGUUUGAUCGAACAACAGCUCAACCCUCCGUCAUCAUCCUCAUCGUCAUGGAGAUCACUUUCGAUAGACAGCCCCGAGUAUUCGUCUAUCUUGUUCAAUUUACCCGGGAAUUCCUUCAUGCCUGACUCGCUCAAAGAGGUGGCCCCCACCAUCAAUCCGCAAACGGCAUCGCCACAAACGCUCGCCACUGCAGCCCCCGCAAUUAUUAUACCCCAGCAGUUGCAGGCCAUUCAGGCAUUGGCAAGGAUCUCAAACUUCCCGACUCCGGGGAGUGAGCACGAGGCAAUAAGGAGAGCCUUCCUAGCCGUUAUAACUUCACCUUCUUCCUCCACUUCCUCCUCACAGCAGCAGCAGCAGCAACAAAAUUUGCCUGGGAUUAAUCAGCAGGCAAAUCUGGGGGACAGUGCAUUCAGGAGGUACUCCUCGGCUUUAAUCCCAACGGCAGCCCAGAUGAAGCGGAGUCCCCACAGGCGUGAUAACAUGACAAAACGUGCAAUUGCUUACUUUAGAAACUUAAAUCUGAUGAGGUUUAAUCGACAGCGGGCUCAAGCAUCUGCAGGUAGUCGCCCCACCCCGACGAGCACCCAGUUGCACCACAUGAUGUCAGAGAGGAAAAGACGGGAGAAGCUCAACGAAAGCCUCCAGGCUCUCAAAGCUCUACUUCCUCCUGGAACAAAGAGAGAUAAAGCAUCAGUUCUUGCAACCACAAGGGAGUACCUGACCUCCUUGCAGGCUCAAAUCGAAGAGCUUCGCCAAAGAAAUGCGGCUUUAGAGGCACAACUCUCGCCUGCCAAAGAAGCGGGUAAUGAAGAGCCAGGCACUCCCAUGAAUGGCAACCCAAUUGAUGUUCGGGUCCGGCAGACUUCGGAAUCCACCUCACAGGACCGAACCGCGGACCUGCAAGUGGUCGUCAGAAGAGAAUGCUCGAGUACACAAUUGGUGAUUCACAUCCUGGAGUUCUUGAGGCGACUAAACAACGUUCACUUGAUGUCCAUGGAGGCGGAUACUUGUGUUGCAGAAGCGGGCGUUGUCACUCGGGUAAACUUGAGAUUAAGGAUUGAGGGAAAUGAAUGGGACGAGUCGGCUUUCCAGGAAGCAGUGAGGAGGGUGGUCGCUGACGUGGCACAAAGACAAUUCUGACAAGCUUCAGUUCUGACUGAUUGUCUCAAAAGGGUUACUUUCCCUUCCGGCGGCACCAAAGAAGGCCCUAAUUUAUUUAACGGCCAUUAAUCACGGCCAUCAAUUUUUGUUUACCCUUAAUUUUAUUUUUAUCUUUAUCUCAAAUAUCUUGUAGUAUUUCAUAUAGAAGUAAAGAUUCGUAGCUAUAAGUGCUCAAUCCAUUAUUCUUUAAGAAUUAAUUAAGAUGGAAGAUGGUGAAAUCCAGUGAUAUAUGUUUUCACUUGAUAAUCGAGAAAUUUUUUAUUCGAUAUUAAUUGUGAGGUUACUUGUACUUCUUUAUUAGUUAUAUAAUUCUCU